GCAGACCGCACCUCUCAGGCCCCUCCACCGCACUUCUCAAGCCCCUGUCCUGCAGACCUCUACCGCAUUUCUCAAGCCCCUGUGGCGUCAGUCCAGCCCGGAAAUGACGUAACUUCCUGUACAUUUGGACCGGAGCCGAGCGAAAAGACGAUGCAUCAUUCGAUUGUAUUGAGUGGCACACAAAUAGCAGCUAACCGCUGCACAUCAUGCUGCAAACUGUAUCACUGUCCCCUGUGCCCUGGAUUUAAACCAGCAAAACUGAACAGGAUCCAGAGUCACCUUAAAGUCCACAUCAGCAAUGCCAUUUCGUUUGAAGAUAAAAAGAUAUGCAAGUGCAGUCUUAACUGUAGGACUGCAGCACAUUUUCAUUGCCCUGUGUGCCACAAAACAGUGCUCAAAAGAAGUGAUAUGGAAGGACACUUAAACGGUUGCCGAGGGAAAGUUGUGCAAACGCCUUCUCCGGCAACAGAGAGUACCUCAGAUCCCAAUGUACCACCAUCUACCCCUGCCCCAUUGGAUUUAUCAACUGAACAGGCCUCUUUUUCAAUCCAACAGAGCCCAAAUACUUCACCACCCCCCACGUUUCCAAAGACUGAAGUCUCUGUUUCACCAGUGGUCAGCCCUCAACAUCAACACACCAAUCCCAUAUCGUCUGUUGACACUGCUUCUCAGGUAGAUAAUAGUCUGCUGCUUCAAAAGAAAAAAACAAAGUGUCCCCACUGUAAUCUUCUUCUUUAUAAAAAGAAUAUCUCCAAACACAUACAAAGAAAACAUGCCAAAAAAUGUAAAGAUGUUACAAUCGAGGAUCAUUUAAAAAGUAUUUGUGUGGACUCAAUAAAUGGCAUUUCUGCUGUUCAGAAGUCGAGGCAUGGCUUUUCUGUCCCAGUGCAUGUUCAAAAUAAAACUUGGGGCCAUCUACACAAAGUACAGUGUGAGCUGGAGGAGUGCAGACAGUAUCACUCUUUGGCAGCUAGAAGUGGUCUGUCAUUCAGCCACUGUGAGCACAUCCGCUCACUGCAAUACUGCACUGAGACUGUCAAAGAAGAAAAACUUCAGGAAAAUGUUUUGGAGGAAAUGGUGCAGCUUCAGUUUUUUGGGGAGGCGAAAAAGGCAACAUGUCUUAAAAGGCAAAAAACUGCACGUGCUAAACAUGUACCUCUCUGUGUCCCAGUAGCCUUCCAAGAGACCCCAAAGCAGCUUUGCUUUUCUGUGUACGAGCCUGCUUUGACUCAUUAUACCCGUCUUGGAAGGAUCAUGGUUACUUACAGUACCUCAGAUAACACAUGGCACUGUCCGUGUGCCAAAGCCAGGCUUUCAUGCAUUCACAAAAACAUCAGCAAGUGGCAUUUAUUUCAAACAAAUCGGGACCUGUUUAAAACACAGACAGACAAUUCUUCCACUCCCCAACAGCAGCAGGACACUGUCUAUCCACCACAGAAUGAAAGCUUGAGACAGUUUGUCCAAUACAUUUAUCAUCAUAAGAAGCUCCCAGCCAUCCUCCCUGAUGACCUUUUGAAGCCAAAGGCCGCGACAGACUUUAUGUCUGAGUUGCAUCCAGCAGAGAAGAUUUGCACUGUCUGUUCAGGCUCUAUACAUCUAGAGAAGUCUUCAAGGAUAACUGGAAAAGCCAAGAUAGUCACCAUGAAUGGUGUGAUCGGAAAUGUUUCAACCUUUUUCCGGAGAUGCCCGCAGUGCCAUAUGGUUUACAGAUAUCAAGAAUGGAAGGAUGGUCUCCACAACUUUGAUGAUCAUCUGUUGCUGAGUCUGGAACUGUUUGUAUCUACGACACAACCUGCAGAACAAUGUCUCCAUGUCGAAGGUGGUCAGUUCACUGGAAAGCCUUAGGAAAGAAAAAUUUCCUGCCCCAGACACUAUCUGUCAUGCGUACUACCACUUUGAGGCACUCACAAGCCACGAUUAUUCAUUUUCGUGCG